CACUCAACUUUUCUAUCUCCCUAUGCAGAAGAGUCCAUGCGGAAGUGGCUGCGACGCCAACAUGACAGCACGUCAUUUGUAAACAGAGCCAGUCCAUCGUUCAUUCAGAGUCAGAACUACCACACCAGGUAGUGUUCCGAUAUUUCAAAGGGCCCCUUCUGCUAUGUUACCAAGCAUGUCCCUGGACAGACAGAUUGUCACGGACCAACACGCCAAGUCCAUCCUGACCACCAUGAACAACCUCCGCAAGGCUAACACCCUGUGUGACAUCACCCUCAAGGUCAUGGGCGAGUCCUUCCCCGCACACAGGAUCGUACUGGCGGCCUGCAGUGAUUACUUCUGUGCCAUGUUUACAAAUGAGAUGUCGGAGAAGGACAAGUCUAUGAUAGAACUGCAUGAAAUAUCCUCGGAUGUGAUGAGAGAGUUACUGGACUUUGUGUACACAGAAACAGUAGAUGUCAGUGUAGAAAACGUCCAGGAACUGUUGCCAGCUGCGUGCUUGUUGCAGCUCAAUGGUGUGAAAGAGGCAUGUUGUUCUUUCUUAGAAAAUCAACUUGACUCGUCAAAUUGCCUUGGAAUCAAAAUAUUUGCUGAACAACACAGCUGCAAGGCAUUAUGGGAAGCUGCAGAGUCAUACAGUCUCCAUCAUUUCGAGGAAGUGGUUGGGCAGGAAGAGUUCAAGACCCUCCCUCUUGCGGAGAUGGAGAGAUUAAUCAAAAGUGAUGAACUUCAGGUAAACAGCGAGGAGCCUGUGUUCCAGGCAGUGAUUGACUGGGUCAAGUACGACCGAGAGAGCCGAUGUGAGUGUCUUCCGCAACUGCUCAACUAUGUCCGACUCCCGCUGCUCACUGCUCGCUACAUCACGGAUGUCAUCGACCAAGAGAACCUUGUUAGACGGAGUCACAAGUGUAGAGAUCUUCUAGAUGAAGCCAAGAAAUUCCACCUUAGACCCGACCUCAGACUGAAAAUGGUCAGCCACAAGACCAAGCACAGAAUAGGAAUAGGAGAUGCACUGGUUGUUCUCGGAGGAUUUGGAUCUCAACAGAAUCUAGUCAAUGCCGUUGAAAAAUAUGACCCCCAAACCAAAGAGUGGACCAGACUGCCUUGUUUAACACGAAGAAGAAGAUAUGUGUCAGCUGCAUCUCUGGAAGGGAAGCUGUACGUGAUCGGGGGAUUUGAUGGUCAGUCCCGCCUCAGUAUGGCCGAAUGUCUGGACAUGACCGAGGAUAAGAAUAUGUGGACCAUUGUAUCUUCCAUGAACCAUCGGAGAGGCCUGGCUGGCUGCUGUGUUUACAAGGGCCACAUCUAUGUGUGUGGGGGGUUCGACGGCUACACGAGGCACACCAGCAUGGAGAGGUACAACCCCAGCAAUGAUGACUGGACCAUGCUGAACGGCAUGACUAUUGGGCGUGAGGGGGCGGGGCUCGUGGUGGCAGGGGAUCACAUCUACUGUAUCGGGGGAUACGACGGCAUCAAUCUCCUGGACUCGGCCGAGAGGUACAACCCUGCCACAGAGGAGUGGUCAACCAUCACCAGCAUGUCCAUCCAGCGGUCAGGAGCGGGUGUGGCCGUGCUGAAUGAUGUCAUCUAUGUGUGUGGAGGUUACGACGGGACCGAGCACUUGGCCACGGUGGAGAGUUACGACCCCAGCACCAACCACUGGACGUCCCUGCAUCACAUGAGGAUACCCCGGUGUUAUGUGGGGGCAUGUGUGGUCAGGGGGAAACUCACAGUUGUAGCAGGGUAUGAUGGCAACACCCUUCUGAACACUGUGGAGGCAUAUGACCCCAUGACAGACACCUGGGAGAUCCUGGAGAACUGUAUGCAGACUCCCAGGUGUGACGCUGGCAUCGCUGUGGUCAGGAUGCCCUGACCUUCACCUUGACCUUCACCUUGGGCUCUUGCUAUCUCUCUGGUCAGUGUGUGGUCACACUGUUGGACUGUCGACACUCCCAAGACACUCCCAAGACCAGCACGGCAUGAGGGGAUGUCAUUGGUACCAUGGUUACAGCAUUUUGGUUACCAAGGUUACGCCCAUCUGGCAAUGUGUUGUCAUUGUAGGUAAUUCUGUGAAGUGUUCUGUUUAACAUGUGAAACAGUUCUAUACGAUGCACACAUUUAACAUCAAUCUGUAUAGGAUUCAUUUGAAAACAUAUCCUUUCUGAAAAUCACAACAAUUUGUAUGCAAGUUUACAGUAAUUACAGAGAAUGUUUAAAACGUGUAAAAUAUCCACGAUAUGUGAAGCUGCUUCAAGACAACUACCUGGGACACUAAUGUUCAGCUGAUGCAGGCAGUUCUCCCCCUGACUGACGAGGAGUCAUUAACAUCAGACAAAGAUGAAAAAAUGUGUCGGGUCUAUAAGAAGACAAAUGGUUUUCUGGAAGAGAUUAUCAAUUCAAGAGAUUCUUCGUUUUCUUUAUCUAUUUUUCUCCUAUAUAUUUAUUGUCUUUAACUCAUGUAGAUAAGUGCUUUUUGUAUGAAAAGAGGUAUUGUCAUGGUAACUAAUGUACAAGAACAAAUAUUUGUUGGGGUGAAUGUUUGAAUGUGGGUAUUCAUGUAAAAAUGUGACCAGUACAUGGGGUGGCAUUGAACUGUGAUAUCAGUAGUAAAACCAUCCUCUAUUGUCCAGAGUAUUAUAUCUCAAGUCAAUUAUAAUAAAUACCCUGGACCCAUUCACCACCAUAGCUUCGUGUCUGAAGUCAUGUCACCAUCUCAAUCAGUCUUAUCAUUAACUGUUCACAGAAUUUAUCUCUAUCAUGAGUGUACUUAAAUUGGAUGGCUACUUUUUCAGCAUCAUGUAAAUUGGAUCUGGGUCAAGAUUAAGCUAUGGCAGUGAACGGCGAUUAUUGGUAUUAUAAUAGAACAGAUAUCCAAUACCCUGGAUAACCUAGGAUGUCUGUCAUGCAAGAUUUGGGUACCUGGAAUCAGGGGGUUUGAAAGGGAAUCGUAUGAUGUGUGGGGUAGAAAUUUUCACAUAUUUAUCUUGCUGUUUCAUGUUCCACUUGUGAUUCUUUAUGUUUGUUUAUUGAAACGUUUACAACUCUCUUUGCUUUAAUGUUCUCCAGACCGUAGUAUAGAUGGAGUAUAUAAAUUAGCACUGAUUUUGAAGGUUUCUACAAGUGCUUGGGUGGGGUCAUAUUAUUGAUGGUGAUAUACGGUAUGUGAUUAUUUGAAAACACUCCAGUUUCCACAUGAGGCCUAAAUGUUUUGAGCUCAAUCAUAGCGCCACCAGUAGUUAUUACAAGUUUUGUCCCUUUUUUCUAUGUCCCCCCAUUUGACCAAUCAGAUUCCACCUCUCAUAUCACUUGCAGUUGCUUCAAACCAAAUGGCGGCACCCAGUCAAGAUGAUGAGAUUGAUAUUCAAGAUCUAUAUUCUAAUAAAACAGGUCUUUCCUCACAAUAUGCAUCAAGUUGAAUAAGCAACUUGAUAAGAAACAUAAAAUGAUUUGGAAAAUAUCUGUUGAUGUAAGAAAUUCCGUCAGUCAACCGAAAUCUGCAUGGCAGUUGACGAACUGGAUGUUGAUUUCGUUACGCGAUUUUGAUUGGACUAAGUAUGCAUAGACUUGUUAGUCCAGCCAAAAUAUAACUCCAUAAUUCCAGCCUAGUUUGGCAAGGGUGGAAACUGGACGAUUAUAGUCAGUUAACUCACUUGCCUCGGGAAGUUGAAGAUUGACUUAAUCACAGCUGCAGGACUACAGAACCAGUUGAGCACACCUCCGAUUUUUUUCAGGUUAAGAAUAUAUUCAAGUAGUGUAGGCAAUGGGGUCAAGAUGCCAAGCCUUCUUGAACCAUCCUAAGAUUUUUUUAUAUUGUUUUGCCAAAUACUGAGUUAUUCAUUAACUUACAAAUCAUGGCAGUAUUAAGCUGAAGGAUGUUUUCACUAUGCCAUUGUUACCAUGGUAACAUCAUAUAAGUAUUUAAAGAUGCUGAAAGGCAUUGUCUUGCAUUUAUUGUUGAACGUGAUUGUUGUUCAUUGUUAUCUUGUGGUUUCAUUGUCAGACUUGAAGAUUCUCAGUGUACAUGAAAUCAGUCUCAUGUGAUGUGAUAUUUUGUGUUGUGUAACUACGGCAACAUACAAGCAGCUAGCACAGGAUAUGCCUUUUGACAAGUUUAAGCUAUGGUCUCAUCCCUGAAACUAAUGAAAAUGAUGCAACGUUUAUCAUGUAUACAAACUUUUCUCAGGUAAUAAUAUUGAUAUUACAAUAAUAGCUUGGGCACGGGUGGCCAAGUCGUCUAAGGAACCACGAUUUGCUGAGCAGAAUUGCGUCCCUUGGGCAGGCCAGAAAUCUGUGAUUGUGGGUUUGAAUCCAGGUUGGCCCCGAUUAUGUUUCUAGA